AUGACGACCUUGCAGCAGGCUCAAGUUGAAUAUGAGCUGAGCAAAUAUCUCCAGCUUUUUCGCGUCGACGAGAAACCACUUCUUGCGAGGGAUGCAGUCCUUCAUGGGUCUUUGAAUGACCGUGUCGAGCUCACAAUCGUGCGCCUUGCGGUGCAGGGGGCAUUCUUAGUACUCAUUGAUGACAACCGCUUGCAUUUCAUCGUAGACGGCCACAGAGUGGAUGCGGACGACAACCUUUCCCGAGUAGAGUUUGACUCUGGAGAGGGUGCAUGGCUGCACGUUGGAGAGAAAGAUCGACCAACGUGGGCCUCGCUAUUUCGAGAGAUCGUUGCAGUCAACCCAGGAUCAGCAAGCGAAAGAGUGUUUAGUAUACCUGCUCUGCAACGGGAUCCUCGAACAUGCAACCUUUCAGCAGUGUCGGAGCCGGCACAGUUGUCAUUCUUUGCAGGCGUUCCUAUGACCUCAAAGAACGGACAUAACAUUGGUGCCAUCUGCGUUGUCAACCGAACUGAAAGGCCGCCGUUGUCGACAUCUGAAGCUGGUUUUCUGGCUGAUACAGCGCGCAGAUGCAUGGAUCUACUCGAACUUGCAAGAGAACGUGGUUUUUACAACAGGUGUACCGCUAUGCAGGACGAACUUGACAUCUUCCUCAAAUCGCGCGCUCUGCACAUUCAGCUACUCGAGGAGCCGCGAACUCCUGCAAGCCGCAAGUCCUCGAUACAGAAAAUGAAAGCAGGUGGAGCUGAGCGUGUGGAUCUUCAUACAUUGGCAGACGAUCCGCUUUCAGGUCUAGACAAUCCCCCUGUGGAAGGGAGAGAGUCCCAGAGAUUGAUCGAUGCCGAAAUCGAGCGAGAUUAUCAUGUUGCUGAACACGACAAUGCCACAGACGCAAGAUCAUUGACAGCCAAACGUGGCAAUGACGACAAGCGAGGCCUGUUAAAAGGCGAGACGACGUAUCGAAAAGUUUUUCGCAGGGCCGCCGAAUGUUUACGUUCUGCUCUUAAGGCAGAUGGGGUUCUAUUCGUCGAUGGCCUCCUUGGGUUUCAUGGCGACGUACAGCCCGUUGCUGAACCAGAGCAAGAGCUUGAACGAGAAAUUGCGUGCCCGCUUGCACACCACAACACAUCUGCACAGGAGGAGUCCCUAUCAAAGGACCGGACCGAUGUACCAGGAGAUACAUUCAGUCCACACGAUCCUGAUCCACCCGGCACUCAUAGCAGGAUUUACACCAGCGCCGAGUACCUGAAAGGCGUCUAUGUUCAAAGACCUACUGAGAUUCUUGGGAUCUCCGGUUCCGAUGAUGUGUUGAAGCUGGUGCGAAUAUCACAGUCUACGCUUGGGCUACGAGACAUCGACGAAGGUUUCCUGCAAAGACUGAUGGACCGUCAUCCGCAUGGUGCGGUGUGGCAUAUGUCUAAGUCAAGCUUUAUGCGAGUGAAGAACGAAACCUUGGUAGAGAUCGAUUUGCCAGAGGAAGCACGCAGGCUCACGUCGUCCUUCAGCAACAUCAGACAGCUUGUGUUCAAGCCGCUUACGGAGCCUACCUCACUUAAGCGCCUAGGUGCAUGUUUUGCAUGGAGGACCAAGUCAACUCCUCUUUUUAUGGAUGCUGUCGACAUUGGAUCAUUGAAUGCGUUUCUGCACGUCGUUGAGUCGGAAAUUGCGCGCUACGAUGCCUCGUCGCUUGCAAAGCAAAAAGAGACCUUUGUUUCCUCUGUCAGCCAUGAAUUGAGAACACCUCUUCAUGGAAUCCUUGGUGCAGUUCAACUUCUCAGCGAGUCUGGACUUGAUUCAAUGCAAAAACCGCUUGCAGAAAUGAUCACAACUUGCGGUUCGACUCUUCAUGAGACGCUCACCAGCGUGUUGAGUUACGCAAAGAUCAAUCAGUUCGAAAGGCGCCAACAUAAGUACCGUCAGCUACAUCCGCCUGACACUGUAUGGGCACUCUCUAACAAAAAAGGCCAUGCUUCUGGGCCAGACAGAGACUACGAAGGCCUCUACCUAUGCACGAACCUUGCUAUGCUAUGCGAAGAAAUUCUCAGUGUCCUCGAAGCUGGAAAGAGCUUUCAGAACUCACAGGGGAGUGAGGUCAUAGUGGUCUGUAACAUCAAGCACGAAGAGAACUGGAAUUACUACACAGAGCCGGGCGCUCUCCGGCGAAUUGCGGUCAACCUCAUUGGCAAUGCCCUGAAGUACACAAAGAGCGGCUCGGUGAUAGUCACAUUAAGUGCAAGCAAAGUCGUCGAGGAUCCUCUAAGAUGCAGCAAUGAUAUUACGUCAGGGCGCACCCUUACCCUCACUAUUCAAGACACAGGCAAAGGCAUGUCCAAAGAGUUCAUGGAUAACCAGCUUUUUCUUCCAUUCACGCAGGAAGAUUCGACUUCGACCCAUGGGGUUGGCUUGGGCAUGUCAAUUGUAAAGAGCUUAGUUUCACUACUCAGCGGCGAGAUACAAGUUCAGAGCGAGGAAAACAAGGGAACCGAGAUCAAGGUUAGGGUACCAAUGAGGAUUUGCACAACCAACGAUGACGAGAAGGGCCAGCCAGCAUUGGAGUUUGAAAGCAACAUUCAGACGAUCCGUGAUCGGAAGUUGUCUGCGGUCAUCUACGGUUUUCCAAAAUUCGUCCGCGAAUCCCUCACCAACUACCUUUGCGACUGGUAUGGUUGCACCCUGUUGGAACCGAUAAAGGAUGCCAGGCCAGAUAUUAUCUUGGUCGAUGAAGGGAAUGAGGAAAUGAUAGAGGCGGUCAAGGAAACCGCCCCAGCUUAUGGCAAGCACGGUGUGCUCUUGAGCAUAGUAAUGGUUCCAAGCAGGCUUGGAAAGCGAAUGGACACCAUUGAUGGAUACAUCAAAUGGGAGAGAGUACCACGUCCUCUUGGGCCUAACAAUGUGGCAAAAGGCCUGCUUUCUUGCCUUGAAAAACUAGACGAGCUCCGGAAAUACGGCGAGAAUGCCAGUGUCGAUAGGCAGGAGAUUGAGAAAGAGCCUCAGCCCCGGAAAGGACCAGCAAACUUGCAAGAACUCAAAGAGAGCUUAUCGAGCGAGCUGUACAUGCCCAGUUUGGAGAAACUGCAGAUAGCUGAAGCCUCACAGACUCCGCCUCCACCUUCAGAUUCGUCCAAGUCAUCUCCGGGUCCUAAAAAGGCACCUACAAACGAGGAUCAAUCUACUGCAACCAAGGAAAUGGCCAGAAAGCCAAUCGAUCAGGAAGUGGACCCACAGCUUAAGCCUUCCCCGGUUCUUCGAAUUCUCCUCGUUGACGACAACGCUCUCAACCUCAGAUUAUUAGGGGCGUUCUUCAAGAAGAAUGGGUAUCGCGACACAAAGCAAGCGAAGCACGGCAGAGAGGCAGUUGAAGCGGCGCAGAAUUGUAGCGAAGGAUUCGACAUGAUCUUCAUGGAUCUUUCUAUGCCUGUAAUGGACGGCUUCGAGGCUACUCGGCAGAUCCGUAGGAUGGAAACUGGCUACGAGCGUGGUCCAGCCGCCAAGGAAUCAGUCAUCAUAGCUUUGACUGGUCUGGCCAGCCAAGAGGAUGAGGACGAAGCUUUUAAGGCCGGCGUCGACAUGUUCCUUACAAAGCCAGUGCAGUUUCCAAAGCUGUCCAAUCUGCUGCGUCAGUACGAGGAGGGAAUCUUGAGGAGACGCAGACAGUCGGAGGAAAGCACAUAA